AUGAGCUCUCCGCUUCUUCACCGCGGGCCGAUGCAGCACCCUCUGCCGUCGUCCCCGUCGGGAUCGCGCAGUAGACAGGAAGAGGUGGAGGAGCAUCACCACCAACUGACACAGCGCUCUUCCGGGGGAAUGCCUCUGCCUGAGCCCUUUUCCUUCACGGGGUCCACCGAAUCCACCGUCGCCGACAUCAAGCACGGCAGCAGUGACGACAGCCGUCAUGACGGGAAGUGGCCACUCGGCUACGGGGACGACAGCACGAAGUCGUCCCCCGUCCUCUUUGACCGCCACGAUUACGACGGGGUUCAGGACGAGGAUGCUGAUGACAUGUCUAUGGUAUAUGAGCAGGGGGAGGUUGAUUGCCGCCUUGGGUCCGCCCCGCGCCCGGCUGAGAUGCGAACCGAACACUGGCCGCAGCGCAAGAGAGGCGAAGCAGCGGAGGGGCAUGAGAAGACUUGGGGCGUGAUAUCAGCGAGGCAGUGUACCUCAUCUGAGCCGCGUCGCGGUACAGGAAUUGACAGUUACAGCUGCAUUUCAUCGAAUGCCGAGGCUAUCGCGGACUUCAGCAGCAGCGGUGCCUCGCCGACUCUAAGUAGUGACGGCGGCAGGGCCGCUCUUGGCCAUAGGGAACUGAGUAACACACAGGGUCAUCCGGCAGUCUAUGAGGAAGAAGGUGAGGGGGACAGAUACUGUGCUACUCCUCACAGCAGCAGCCGCGGGCAAAACGAUCACUGUAACAGUGCUGCAGCAAGCCAGCGCUUCGAGCACGCCGCCCAACAAGAUGUCCUGCUACGCACAAACCGCAAGCUCGUGUACUCCAACUCUGCCACGAUGCUUUCACCCACAGUGGUUGACGACGACGUCGAAGGGUCAGACACAGCAGUGACGCCGGUUACAGCGCGCACAAAAUCUGGCGGCGUGCACGAUGAACAGGAUGGUGUGGCUGCAGCGCCGAUAAUGAAGCGGCUGGAAGGUGCGGCUGCAUCUCAUGACACGCUCUCACCCCCCUGUCUCGCCGCAUCGGAUGUGAAUGGCGCGUCACCUUCGGCACAUUGGACCUCCUCGGCGCUGCCCUGUCACAAUGCUCUUCCAGCGCCCUCGGCAGUGGAGGCUGCAACCUCGCCCUCUUCCUCGUCUGCCGCACACGCGAAAACAGCGCCUCUUAGAGGUCCUAUUGCACAGGGGUCCGGCGAGACGGCGGAUUUGCAGGAUGCUCACCGCCGCCUGCCGCCGUCCGCCUCCGCUCCGUCUGAGGUUGAGCGCGUCGAUGCUGAGAUAGAGAGCGCCAUGCUGGAGAUGGAAAAGCGACUGCAGCGACACGGUCACCAUAGUGGCGCCGCUACAACGGGUGCCAACAGCGAUGGCUGUGUAGCUAGCCACAGCAGGACGCCGUCUUGGCGCAGGAGUGAGGGUGAAAAUCCAAAGAGGACUGAGAGUAACCGCAUGGAGAACCAACGCGCGCAUUCCUCCUCCUCCUUUUCCGCCACCCACGACGCAGCUGUUGAUGCGGCAGACGCGGACUCGGUGAAGAGCGCGCACGAGGAAGACUGGCUCGCACGCCAGCGGUGCAAACAGGCGCGUGUGUGUGAUGCAGAACGCUUUAACACACACCGCAGCGGAUGCGCGCUCGGCAGAGGGGCUCCUGCACGCGCUUCGGCGGCGUACAUGUUCUUUUCCCGUCAGCUGCGACCGCAAGAAGACAGACGCGGGCGUAUUUAUGAGCUUGCCAAGGCCUUGGGCGGGGAUGGCUCCUAUGCGGCCUUCCGUGGUCCCGGUGGGGGUCUUCUAGCGUCACCGCUUGCCGACGAGCAGUCGCGCGACAGCGUGGAGGGGGCGGCCCCGCUCUGCAUCCCAUGUGCCGCCGGAGACACCUUGGUGUCUCUUGGCGACGCCGUGGCCAGCUCCGCCGAUAUGGCAAUGUUCUCGCCGCAGAGCAUGCCAGUGUCUCCUGUGCAAGGAGCGGUAUUUGCACCGCACCAGAAUGAGUUCACGGCGGCGGGGUUGCAGGUGUACUACAGCGGCUGCGGCCUCAGCAGCGGGGCAAGAGAGCCGCGGCGUUGCCCUCACCUUUCAAGCCCAACUCUUCUAGACUCUUUGGUUGUAGAGGGGAUGUCGAGUGCCGCGACGGCUGAAGGGGUCUCGACAGCGGUGGCAGCAGCUGCGGUACUCACAGUCAACGCAUCCGAGACCUCCUCGUGCACGCCGUUCACCGCGCACCGCCCGAGGCCGCCGCCGCGGAUGCUGUGUCCGCCUACCCCGUCGCCCUCGCCGUCGCCUUCUCGCUCUAUUGCCAUGGAUCCCGCGCUCGCCGCCGCAGCGAAUGCCGAAGAGGGAAAAGAGCCGGAUGCAGGCGUGAUGGAGGCGAGCUUUUUCUCUGAAGUGGCGCCCGACGCUGAGCCGCAGCUGCAGUCGCAGGCAAGGAACGCCAACGCGCUGCCGGGACAGUCGCUGUUGGAGCCCUGCACUGCCAACCUUGGCGUGGAGGCGGUAAAUACGAUGCCUCUCGAGGCGACCACCGCUGUCGCGAACUCAGCGACUUCAUCGCCGCGCCAAAUGCCCUUGCGGCCCUCCUCGUCUGCACUAGUCGUGCCCGCGGACACGGUCGCGCCAGCUGCGGCGUCUGCUGUUGCCACCGCUGCGGCUGCAGACGUAGAUAGCGAUGCCGGCGUGAGCGUCAUCGGCUCCUCUUCAUCUUUUCGUAAGAGGGUGGUAGAGGGCAAUGGCGGCUCGGACACGGGGCUGCAAGGAGAGCUGGCCAACAGGGAAGGUGCGCUGACUGAGCCGCGCGCCGCAGCCGACACCUCCGUCCCUGUGGGUGACGCGGACGGGCCCCUUUCGCUGUCGCCGCGCUGCGCAAGCAGCGAACCAUCGAAACCGCAACUGCAUGGUGGCCACACCUUUGCUUCCUCGGCCUACCGCGCAGACAGCGCACCGCAGCACGUCGGUGUCGUCGCAAGGAAUAGUGCCAGCUGUGUUGGGUGUGGGCAGGCGGCCUCCUUUGCCGCCUCUCACCGUAGCAUAUCUCCUCCGAGCGCUGCAGUCACUGCCGCGGUGCCAUUGAUGCCGCAUGACGGUGCUGGGGAGGACUCGCCCAUUCUGCCCAUCUGCGCCACAUCCUUUCCCCACAGCGGGCAGAGUACAGGUAGGAUGUCGCUUCCGCCGUCGCAACGCGAUGGCUGCUGCGGCGCCUUCUCAUCGUGGAGCACCAGUAGUGCGGCUUGCGAAGGCACUGAGGGAGACAAUACGGUAGACGUCGCGAAUGACGCGACGGAUGACGUGGUGCAAGGGCAUGCCUGUACGAUACGGCAGUCCGCCAUCACUCGGAAAUCGCUGUCGACGGCGGUGGCGGAGGGGGAGGAGCAUCCGCAGGUGCAGAUGAGGCUCUUGUCGUCCUCGGCCGCGUCACCGUCACCGAUACGCCCGCCAACCGACGGCGCAAGUGACAAGGAGCGACUGCACGACGAGCUACCGACGCUCGACUUUUGCGCCGGUGGCGGCGGUGAAGUGGGUGACUGCCAGCACGAUGACGCGGACAGCAGCGACGAAUACGAUGAGUCGCACCUCUGUUGUGAUGGGACCUCCUCUCCUGCGGAGCCCACUGCAGCUGCUGCCACCUGCAAAACUCGGCAAAGGGAUACUCUGGAAGGCCUGCAUCUCGACGUUGAUGACGACGACGGGGAGGACACGGAAGGGCAGACGUGGGCUGAGGAGGCUGUACGUCGUUCAGAAGGAAAGUGUGCCGUGCUGCGUCUCGAGCUAACGUGUGCCACGGAGCGCGCGGUUGCGGCGGAGGCGAAGGCACAGGUGCGGGAGCGGGAGUGCGCAGAGCUGCACGCACUGGUGAGCCGCAUGCAGGCACAGUUGGCAGCGGCGCGGAAGGCGACUGAAUUGGCAACAUCAAAGACACGUGCGGAUGCUGAGGUCCAGGUGUCUGUCAGCACCGCUUCUUUGGACGACAUGGCCGCCCCAGCUUUCUCGUCGCGAAACUCACCGAAUCGACUGGGCACGACGCCUUCAAGCAUGCGGAAGGACACAGCGCUUGCAGAGGGUACGGUCUGGCGACGCCGCCACGACAUUGUGGCGCAGGAGCUGGCUACCCUCAAGGGUAGCAUGGCGGAACAACUUGCGGUGCUGGAUCGGCUAGGCAUGCUGCCUCCUUUUUCGGAGGAGCGGGUGUGUGCAGCGGAGCGGCGGCUGCGGCACGUUAAAGUCGCUCACGCGCCUGGCACUACCAUGAAGGCCAGCCGGCCAGACGCAAUGAUCUCCGAAGCUCCACACACCCUAGCCCGCUCAACGUGCGUUGACAGUGCCGCCUCGGUUGACUUCUCGGCCGGCGGUGCCUCCGUCACUGCGGCAACAAAGAAGAUUCAGGCUCGAGACGGCAACAAGAUCGUGGCUCUUCUGAGCCAGCGCAAGCAGAACGGUCACCGUGAGAAGCCAGCAGCAGCAGUAGAUGCGAUGGCGACCGGAGCGACUGACUCGGCCACCACGCCAUCCACGUCGGCGCCACCGGUAAAACGCGACGGCAGCGAAGACCGCAGAUCCACGCUGGAUGCCAAAGAAAACCACUACGUUGUGUAA